ACGCUCCACCGAGGCAGCAAAACUAUCUCGCGGCCCAGGCCCAGACCUUCCCGCGAGCUCUGGCGCCAGUGAGAAGCUUCCAUAGAAAAUAUCUGACACCGAUCCUGCUCGGCUACUCCUCCAAUCCUUCCUUCUCGUACUUUCUAGAACAUUCUGUCUCCUUCCUAUAAAUAGCAGAACACCACCCAUGUCUCCCGCCAAAACACCGACCCACCCACCAGCCUAUUAUACUCAACGCGACGAACUCAUCUCACCACCGCGCCCUCCGCCGGAUGGAGCGGCCAGACGUGACGGUCAAGCAGGAGGAGGAAGACGAAGUGGUAGUGGUGUUGGACGGCGACGGCGAUGCUUGUGGGCACUGGCCGGGAGCCGGCGCGGCGCCGGAGCCUUGGCAGACGCCGGUGGGAUCCGCGGUUCCGCCGUUCCUUGCGAAGACGUUCGAGCUUGUGGAGGACCCGGCGACGGACGCCGUGAUAUCGUGGGGCGCCGCGCGGAACAGCUUCGUGGUGUGGGAUCCACACGCCUUCGCGGCGGGGCACCUUCCGCGCCGCUUCAAGCACGGCAACUUCUCCACCUUCCUCCGGCAGCUCAACACCUACGGAUUCCGCAAGGUGAGCCCGGACAGGUGGGAGUUCGCGCACACCGACUUCCUCGCGGGGCAGCGACACCUCCUCGUGAACAUCCGGCGCCGGCGCGGGGGCGCCGCGGGAUCCACAGCAUCUCCGUCUUCGGCGGGAGCCGGCGGCGACCGUGACAGCGAGCUCGAAACGCUGCGGCGGGACCGGGAGGCGCUGGCGCGGGAGCUGACGCGGCUGCGGCGCGAGCAGGAGGAGGCCCGCGCGCAGCUGCUGGACAUGGAGCGGCGCGUGCGGGGCACGGAGCGGCGGCAGGAGCAGUGCACCGCCUUCCUGGCGCGCGCCAUCCGGAACCCGGCCUUCUUGGACGGCCUGCUGGCGCGCCGCUGUGGCGCGCACGUAGAGGCCGGCAGGAAGCGGCGGCUGCUCGAUGCCGCUGCGGCCGGCCCUGACCCAGCGGACGUCCUCGACAUCGAGGAGCUGGCGAUGGCUGCGGGCGCCGAGGUCGGUGUGGCUUCCAUCCCAGCCGUUGCAGCGGCGCAGAUUUCCAACACAGCCAACGCCACGGACAUGAUAUGGUACGAGCUUCUCGGGGAGGAGCAGGUGGAGAUCGACGCCGAGGUGCACGACCUCGUCGCGGCCGCCGCGGCUGCCACUGAUGAGUUGGCGCAGCCGUGGGCGGAGAUGGACGAGAAAGAGGUUGCGGAGCUUGUGCGGCAGAUAGACUGCCUUGCCUCGCCGAGUCCCUGAUCAGUGAUCACCACGAGGUGGAGACCGUGCAGCUAGCUCCACUAUUAGCCAUGCAUUGCCUGUGUCACUGGCAAUGCCAUUGGCAUAUGACGGCUGCUGAAGUACAAUGGUGGCGCUGGUACUGUGGUACGGUACUGCAGUGCGCCACGCUCUGGAUUGGACCCUAAUGGUCAUUUGGUGUGUAGUGUCGUUAGCCUUGCUGUUUGAUUGUGGUUAUUGGAUUAUUAGGUCUGCGAUAUGCUAAUUUGGAUUCUGCGUCUGUUUUGUGGGAUCCGACGGUGGCGGUAUGCUGCACACAAACCGGCCGUGGUGAUGGAUGCAGCAGCCUGAUCCAGUGAGUUGAUGUAUUCUUAAGAAUUUGACCAAAGAGCAACUCUAACCAAGCCUUAAUUUUUUGC